UCUGUGCACAGCAACUCGCAGAGUCUGCCUCGUCUCGGCCGCCAUGCUCCUCUAGGUCCCCAGCAUGCGCGCCUCUCGCCUCCCCGCCGCCACCGUGCUUCCCGUGCUCGCGAUCCUAUCGGCCGUCUUCGUCUCCUACACCGAAGCAGUCCUCUCCAUCAACGCUACACCGGAGUAUAUACACUCGUGCCAACGGACUGACCCCAGGAUAAAUGCCUGCAUUAAGAAGACCUUUGAUCAUCUUAGGCCCUAUCUUAUCUCAGGGAUUCCGGAGAUCAAACUGGCCUCCAUAGAGCCGAUGGUGAUCCCCAAGAUGGAGAUGCAGAACGGUCACGGGGCUGUCAGAGUCCGGGCGGUUUUCGGCAACAUGACAAUCUAUGGUGCUAGCAACUAUUCCGUCAUAUCCGUCAGGAGUGACAUCAACAGGCUACGCAUGGACCUGGGCCUGAGCAUCCCGCGCAUCGAGGCCACGGGCACGUAUGAGGUCGUGGGUCAGGUCCUACUCUUCCCCGUUCGUAGUAGGGGAGAGUUCUGGGCGCUGUUCAAUAAUAUCACGGGACUUGGCAAACUCUACGGUAAGGAGGUCAAGAAGAACAAUGUAACAUUCAUGAAAACUGAGAGACUUGGAGUGGACUUCAAACUAGGCACUUCAAGGUUCAAAAUUAAAGAUUAUCUCAACGGAAACAAUGUUUUGGGAGAGGCGAUGAACCAGUUCCUAAAUCAGAACGCGGACAUCAUCAUAGAUGAAAUGAAGCCUGCGGCUGCUCAAGCAAUCAGCAGACACUUCAAGAACUUUCUCAACGGCGCCUUUCUUCAGAUUCCACUGAAGGUCUGGUUGAAGGACGUGUAAGGGGAGAGAUCCUCGCAGAUAGAUGCAGGCUGCAAGUCGAGAGCUAUGGACAUUCGGGAGACCUCACAAACAACGAGUGAGAUAUUCACAUCAAGUGUUCACAAACAUUCUAGUAGAAUGUAAGCUGCAAGUGAUAACAAUGGACUUAAAUGUCAUUAAGGUCUUUCGAUGAAAUAAGUAAAGCAAUGGAUAGAAUGUAGUUGGUAGAUUCUACAGUUAAACCGACAAGUAUAGAUUCCUGUUUUUAGUUGACCGCAUUCACUCUGUACAUUAACGUGAAAUAAUUUCAGUAGUCAGUUUUUAAUUUUGCUAUGAUCUCAGUAACGGUUUUUAAAUGUCUGAUCGUGAAGAAUACAGUGCACAGCUUACUUAUCAAGUAAUUUUUAAAUAUGUGACUAAGGAAUGUGUGGUUGAGUCCAUCUAUAUGGGCAUUUGUAAGAGCUAGUAACGGUCUGCUAGUAAACAGAGAUAAUUUGAAUAACUACUGGAGUAAAGUAGGCCUACCUUUUUAUUAAUAUAAUUCCUAAUAUAAUAUAAAGUUCCCCACAUGUCAUGAUAAGUCUUUUUAGGGAGUUUUGUUCUAAAAAUCCAUCCAACACAUCAGUAUUUAGUUUCUAAUCAGCGUGGUUGUGCAAUAGUACAUAGAAAACAUUUUUAUUUAGUUGUAAAUAACUUAAACAUAGGUUAGAUUCAGUUCAGUAGUAAUAGUAAAAAAUAAUGCUAAGUUCUUAUUUUGUACCUUCUGUUUUUACGAAAUAAAUGUUUUAUUGUUUGCAUAAUCGUAA